AAACACUAAUAUGACAACAGAUUUGUUGUCAAAGGAAGUAGACCUUAUUUUAAAAAAAAAAGAAAAAAGAAAAAAGAAAAAAAGAAAAAAGAAAAAAAAAAGAAAAAGAAAAAAAAGAAAAAGUUGUGUACACCGACAGCGGACGGUGUAGCGCUACAUCCGACCAGGAAAACGUCAACAUGAAAGAGAGAUAGGGUGCGUUGUGCUGUGGUAAAACACCAGCCAGGCCCGCCGAGCACAGAGGGAUUUGGUAACUUAACGUUGACAGGAGUCCUCCGUUUUCAGAUGCUGCUGUCGGUCCUACGUUACCCCGACUGAGCGCCUGACAAACCAGCAGUCAUGAACGAGAAUUUCGACCGAGCUCCCGGGGCAGGGAGGAUCCGCUCACAUCCUGCCAGCCCCGGCCUCUCAGGAGCUGGAGAUGGAGACAGCAGAGCCACAGUUUUCAACCAGAGGGAACCGCUGAGACAGCCGCGGACCUCACCGCCUUUAGCCGAGAACAGCAUUAGCACGGCUAACGACUUAGCCGGCGGAGGUGGGACUCUGUCAACUAAUGAUGCUAGAAAACAGAGCAAACCCCAACAAAGUGCAUACAGCAACAGUUCGUCUGCAUCCAAAGUGUCUAAUGUGGAUUCCUUGGUCAAGUCAUCAAAACUUUCAGCCAACGCUCCAGAGUUUGUCCCCUCUGGACUUACCAGUUAUGAAGACCCCACUGUUUAUGAUGACGGUGAGAACUAUUACAGUGAGAUGACAUUGGCAGAUAUGGUGGCGGACUUCCUUGGUCACCUUAGCUCCUCACCAGGUUCCUUUGAGUCGGACAUUGAAUACAUAGCUAGCAUGUUCAAUUCCUGGGUUACUACUGAAGAGUUGCUGCAGGAACUGGUGGAGCUGAUCUAUACACAGUCUACUGCCAUUCCAAACUUCUCUUACACGGGUGCCAGGCUCUGUAACUACCUGUCACUUCACCUUACUAUCAGCCCACCGAGUGGAAACUUCCGUCAGCUGCUCCUGAAAAGGUGUCGCACAGAGUUUGAGCAGAGGGAUGUGGCAGUGCGAGGAGACCCAGACACUCAGAAGAGAUUUCACUCGUUUGUGCUCUUCCUGGGAGAGCUCUACCUUAACCUGGAGGUGAAAAGUGGAAAAGGGGCUCCGAAUCGAGCAGACAUCCUCCUUACUGCACUGAAAGACCUGUUGAAUUGUCUUUUCUCCAGUCCUGUGGAUGCAAACCUCAUCUGUGCUGUCAAAUUACUUAAGCUGACAGGCUCUGUCCUGGAGGAUGCGUGGAAAGAGAAGGGAACAUCAGACAUGUCAGCACUGAUCCAGAGAAUAGAAAACAUUGUUCUGGAUGGCACCUGCAGCAGGGAUGUAAAACAGAUGCUUCUUAAACUAGUGGAGCUGAGAUCCAGUGACUGGGGCCGAGUCCACACUGCUGCUGCAGCCAGCAACGCCACGCCAGACAACGACCCCAACUACUUCAUGAAUGAGCCUACGUUCUACACAGCAGAUGGCACUCCUUUUACUGCAGCAGACCCAGAGUAUUCAGAGAAAUACCAAGAGAUCCUGGAGCGGGAGGACUAUUUCCCUGACCUUUACGAAGAAAAUGGAAACGACUCAUGCUACUUUGAAGAUGAGAUGGAGCCUGAGAUCGAAGAAGCUUAUGAGAGUUUUUGUUUAGAAUCAGAGAGGAAACGGCGACAAUGACAUGAAAGUGAGAGCUGUGAGAGACUGAACAGGCACAUAUUGUACCUUUCCUACUCAACUUGCCAGGAUGUUUGUGAUUGGGGGGGGGGAAUCAAAGAAAACUAGCAUUCGAUAAAUUAAUGCUUUUUAUUUUACUGCAAGCAAUUUAACUGAAGAGCUGUGUAUAGUUUACACUUUCUGACACUUUUAGUUUGUUUGUUUUUCCGGCGAUCUUAGCAAAAAGUGGCAUAGAAUAUGGGGGACAAUCAGCAAGACAAUAUUCUCAGUGUUGAAGUAUUCAGACUUUUUUCUGACUUGAAGUUCUUUUUGUUGUUUUUAAUUCUUUCAGAAACACUUGUUUCCUUCACUCUUAAACCUAUUGCCACGAGGGAAGCUGUGUGCUGUGCAGUUUGAGAGGUUUUUUUUUCUGAAUAUAUGAGAGAUAUGAGAUAAUAUAAGUUUUAUCAAUUGUGUGCAUAAUUUAAUACUAACUUUUGCUUUUAUUUCCGAAGCAAAAAUAACUUAGGGCCAGAUGAUUACAUCAGGGGGUCAUUACAAGGGACACCGGUACAAAAUGUUGGAGAUGGAAAAUCUUUGUAUCAGAUGCACUAUAGAUGGAAGAGCAGCUUGUUUUCCUUGAUUUAGUGCAUAUACAGCUAGAUUUUAUCUCCAGUGGUGUGAAUUUGUCUCUUUUUUUGGUUGCCAAUAUUCAGCCCCAUGUUCAAGGCUUUUUGUUCAUUGUAAAUCUGGCUGUAGUUCGCUUAAGUGGUCAAGACCCCUAUAAAAGGCUAUGCAUUUUGAAUGGCUGUUAAAAGAACUAACAAAAACACAUUCAGUUAACAAACUGUCCAGUAAAUAUAGGCAAACCCUUAUUUGCUCUUCCUUUUGGGGGUUCGCAUUAACAUUUUGAGACAAGUUAUUUUAUUUGGUAGGACAUGUUUGACAAUUCUGAGAACUGCAUCUGAAUCCAAUUUGUCUCCUGAAUGUAGCUUUAAAUAUCUGCCCACGUUGCAGUUUUAUAAACGGUCAGUGUGACAUACUCUACUGCGAUGAGGAUUGAUUUUAACUCCAGACUUUGACUGUUUACCAGCAAUUUAUGGAACCCAUUAAAAGGAAUGUUGUUUUGUAGUUUGUAAAUAUUAUUUAUAGUAUUGUUUGCCUGCAAUAAAUUCUUUCUAAUGUGAUAUUUGUGUUGGAGCCUUUUGAACUUUUUCAUAAGUGCAGGAGUACAGUGUACAGUGAGCUACUUGGCAGGGCCAGACUAAGGUUUUGUCUCCAGACACAUUGUGGCACAAUCCCGGUGAGUACAGAAUUACAUUAAGUAGUCAUUUUGAUUUUAUUCCCAUAGUCUUAUUAGGCAAUGCCAGCCUUUUCAGAUUUCAGUGCCAAAGCCAUUAAGCAAGCAACCACUUAAGCUAUAUUAUCCUGUCUUUUUGGGAGCGAAUGAGAACAUCUGCAUUACUCUAUAUACUGUUGAAUAAAACUGAACUAAUGUGA